AUGGUUGCGCGCAAAAGACCACCCGGAAGCAGCUCGGGAUCAAAAUCUGGAACACAGCUGGACACUCCAGAUAUUGACAAAGUACCUGAUCCAUCAAUACGAUCCGAAAAAUACGAUGAAGAGGAACUUGACGAAAUAUGGUACAACGUGAAAACAUUUUUUCUCGGAUGUUUCGUAUUUCUACUCUUCGGUAUAAUGAUAACUUCAUGUGCGAUGGGCUUUUGGAUGCUCAUAGCAGCAACGCUUAAGAAACAAGGAGAAAGACAACCAAAAAAGGCAAAUAGCAGGACUGGAAAAAAGACACCAAAAAUGAGAAAUACGAAACGAUGCAAAGCAAUUCUCUUAAAUAAAGUGUAG